GGCUGUGCAAAUUACAGUAAAGAGAAGGUGUAGUCUGUUUUCUGAAGAACUUCAGUAGGGAUGCCUUCUGUGCUGCAUUCGUUCCUUUUGUGGAUUCUGCUGAGGGUUUCCAUAAGCCAGGGUUAUGUGGGCAAUGCCCAGGAUCUCACUCCAGGCUUUGGAAAUAUAUUGCCCUCUGCUUCCCAUCCUGCCAAUGCUAGCCAAAAGUUCUAUGGUAUCAUGUUUGAUGCUGGGAGCACUGGAACUCGUGUUCAUAUUUACAGUUUCAUACAGAAAGACCCAGAUGGAUUACCCAUUUUGGAUAAUGAAAUAUUUGAUUCAGUCAAACCAGGCUUGUCUGCUUAUGCUGACAUGCCUGAAAAUGCAAGACUUCCAGUAAAGCAGUUGCUGGAGGUUGCUAAGAGUGCUGUGCCUCAUACUCAGUGGAAACAAACCCCACUAAUGCUGAAGGCUACAGCAGGACUGAGAAUGCUGCCAUCUGCCAAAGCUCAUGCACUGUUAGAGCAGGUUCAAGAUGUGUUUGAUGAAUCUCCAUUCACUGUACCUACUAACAGUGUUAGCAUAAUGGAUGGAACAAGUGAAGGGAUCUUGGCCUGGGUGACUCUAAACUUUUUGUCAGGUCAUCUUCAUCCCAGCACUAAAAAUUCUGUUGGAAUUUUGGAUUUGGGUGGAGGGUCAACUCAAAUCACCUUCCUUCCCAGGUCAAAGGAAACAGUUGAAAAAGCUCCUGCUGAUUACAUAGCAAGAUUCAGUAUGUUUAACGCAACCUAUAAGUUAUAUACUCACAGCUACCCAAAGAAUGGACUUAAAGCAGCUCAACUUGCAGCUCUUGGUGCUUUAGGAUCAAAAGAUCUGGAUAGGAAGAUUUUCCAAAGCUCUUGUCUGCCCAAGACAUACAAAGGCAAAAUUAGCUUUGGAGAGUUGACAUACAAAGUCAGUGGAGAUCCAGAAGGUUCUACUGGAUACAAAAGCUGUUACCAAGAGAUGCUAAAGGUUGUAAAGGGCAUCAUACAACAGCCGAAUGAGCUGGAAAAUAGCUCAGUGUUUUAUGCCUUCUCCUACUAUUUUGAUCAUGCUGUUGAGGCAGGCCUCAUAGAUGCAGCUAGAGGCGGGGCUGUGCAGGUGCGGGACUUUAGGAAAAGAUCUAAAGAGGCUUGCGACACAGAGUCUAUGCAUAAUUCAGACAAUCCCUUCCUGUGUAUGGAUCUUACAUAUAUAACCUGUCUUCUGAAGGAUGGUUAUGGCUUCAAGGAAAGCACAGUUCUGCAGCUGACCAAGAAGUUGAAUAAAGUGGAAACCAGCUGGGCUUUGGGGGCCACAAUCAGUUACUUUCAACACUUUAAAAUUGUGUGAGGCAAAAGGAAGCCGCCUUAUCCAGAGCAGUGACCGAACCAGCUGAAUUUAGCUCAACCAGUGGACUUCUGGUGACCCUCUGGUAAAUGAAACAAUGUGUGAUUUGGCUCUCUGUGACAAGUGAAUUCAGAAAGUAUUUAGACCUCUAGACUUUCUGAAUACUUUGCAUUGUGGAUUUGAUUUGAAAUAGUGUUAACCGUGGUCAGUUGCUUGUGUAGAAGGACAAAAUGACCAUGCAUGUUAAUUUGCUAAAACUGCUAUGAACUUGAAACUGGUGAAUAUAACUGGUUACCAUUAUGAACUGGGAAUGGGUGUGUCAUUGUUUUAGACUUAUUGUCCUAACCAGUGGUCCAUUGUAUCUUCUUGUAAAACUAUAUUUGAGGUUUUGAUGUAUUUGGUCACAUAAUUAAGGAUGUUUUAAUGCAGGGGUUGUUUAAUGCAGAUACAGGACUAGUUUUAUUAUAUACAGUGGUGCAUUGCUGCCAAUUAAAAAAUAUAUAAUAUUCAGUGUGCUGUUAAAACAACAUACUUUUUGGUUAAAAUGGCAUCAUUUUAAAUUUUAUUACAAUUUUUACAUUUUAUUUAAAAUAAAAAAUUGUCAUUUGUCAAACUACUGGGUUAAACGGGUAGUUGCUGCUUUACAUGCAGUGUCAGGAAACAACUAUUCAACCACUCUUAUUUUUGUUAUACUUA